AUGGAAUUACAUGAAGGUGCAAAGACUCUUGAGUGUGAUUCCAUGGGAUUUAGAACAUACACGUCCUCCUUUACAGACCAACAUCAAGAAACUGCAAAAAGGAUGAAGAAUGAUGCGUACCCUACCUCGACGGUGAUGGCGACCGGAGACUUCAACGAACCCCCAUACUCAGGUAUCACUACAUCUUUUCCAAAAAACUCCUCCGAUUUAGUUUACUACUUCCUCUGUACUUCGGUGUUGCUUGGAAUGUGCGAAUUUGUUGUCAUUAUUGUCGCGCAAUUGAUCGACACCCUUGAUACUAAAACCGUGCCUAUUUGUAGAAGGUUGGAGUUAUUGAAGGUGGAGCUUGAAGAAUGA